AUGACACGACGGAAAAAACCAAGCCGAUGGAAGGAAGCCAGCGUGGUGCUACAAGGAGUUGACACCAUAACGUGCCAUUUAUGUAAGAAAACUUUCAACACACCGAAAUGCCUUCCAUGUCUUCACGCCUUCUGUGAAUUAUGUCUCUUUAAGUGGAUCGUCUCUAAAGUUACAAUACACGCCAGCAAAUCGUCUUUCAAAUGUCCCACUUGUGGCAUAGAAGCAGAGCCUCCUGUAGGAUGGACCAUUAACAAUGUCACAAAAUGGGCAAGUCUGUUUCCUGAUGAUCAUCUGAUCCAGUCGUGUAUUGACAGAGACAAGAUACAAAAAAUGUCAAAAAUGUGUGAUAUAUGCCAGGUGAACUCCAAUCUUCGGAGAGCCGAGUAUUGGUGCCGGCUAUGCUGUGAGGGAUAUUGUUCUGCCUGCAAAGCCGUUCAUGGGUCCAUGAAGAUUACCAAACGUCAUGAAGUUGUCCCAGUGCAUCAUGUCUUAAAGAACCCAUCUCUGAUCAAUCCACAUGAACCCUGUAGGAAACAUCCUGACGAAUAUAUUCGCUUAUUUUGCAUUGACCAUGACACACCGUGUUGUGCGCUAUGUUCUAUGGUAGAUCACCGUAAUUGUGACAACAUUACUGAUCUGUAUGAUGCCGCAAAGCACGUCAAGUCAAAACAGGAAUAUGAAAAACAUACAAAAUUUCUUCGGAAAUCUGUAAAUGAAAUUCAAACUUUUGAAUCCCAUAUUGAUAAAAACAUUAUGGAGCUUACAGAAAAGCGGGCGCAAUUGGAAAAGUCGGCUGAAGCGUUUGUCGACAGAAUAUGUGAACGGAUGAAAGGCCUCCUUAACGAGUAUAAAACCAAGUUAGGCGACAUUCACACAAAAGCAGUGGAAGAAUUGACUGAAGGAAAAGAAGAAGCAACUGGGGAACAUAUCUUUCUAAGUAACGUUUUAAAUCGCCUAGAAUAUAAAUUCCUUUCAGAUGAACAAGUUUUCCUCCACUUGAAAAGGGCAAUGGCAAAGCACAGUGAAAUUACCGAAAAGAGGCCAACCACUGAACAGAAGCGUGUAUUUCGUAAAACUUUGAAACAUGACGAAAAACCAAGUGUGUAUGAUUUGAUGAGGAAAUGCUUGAAUAUUGACAGCCUUGGUGAUGUAACUGUCGUUGAUAUGGACAAUGAUAUGAACGUUAAGUCCAAGCUACCUUCAAGAACAAAUGGAUUAUCGGCAGUCGACCUGACAUUAUAG